AUGGCAACGUCUUCGUCCACGUCUAUCUCAAAAGACACGCCCUUACGGAAGAGGAUGCGUGUAUUGGAACGGGCACAGUCGCUCACCAGCCUGAACAAGUUGGAUGGCAAACCUUUGGACAUAAAUCUCAAGCACAACGAUACUGCGGAAGAUGUACCACACAUAUCCUACACUGAUUAUGAAACUAUAUCCAGCUCAAGCGAUGACGAAGGCGGGGCUGAAAAUCGAGAGGAAGCGUCAAAUACAAGCAGAACGGAGCAUGCUAAACCCCAGAGGCCCACAUUGGACACCAAGGGCGCAUACCACUAUUCUCGCAAUAGGUCAGAGAGAUCAGAGAGUAGCCCAAUGUCACCGAAAUCACGGGCAUGGUACGAGUUCGACCUAGCAGUGGUCGUUGCGUUAGUCUCGCCAAUUGGGAACUGGCUUACUGGCGGGGACCAUGUCAAGAAUCUUCUCCUUAUAGUUUUACUCAUUUUCUAUCUGCACCAAGUAAUCGAAGUACCAUGGAGAUUGUACCACAAAUGUCGGCCCCAUAGACGAGCGGAGCACAUCCCACCGUCAGGCGCGCUUGCAGAUUCAACGUCGAAAGAGGCACAAUACGCCCAACUCGCAGCCUCCGAGCUCCAGAAAUUCGAAUUUCUUUUCCUCUUCCUCACAUUUCUCUCUCCGUUUCUUGGAGCCGCGCUUCUUCGCUAUGCAACCGAUGCUAUACUGGGUCCAGACGCGGUCUCGUGGUUCAGCACCGGCUUAUUCGUCCUCGCUACCGGCAUGCGACCAUGGAUACAUCUCGUCGAAAGGCUGAACGAACGCACCGAUGAGCUGCAUGAUUUUGUCCAUUAUCCAUCCCCUUCUCAUUCUUCUUCUGAAGAACGACAAAAACUUCUCGAAGACCGCGUCGCCCAGUUAGAGAAAUCGCUUCUUAAAAUGAAGACCAAGGUUAACCAUGCCACGGAAGAUGUAUACGACUACGUUGACGAUGCCGUUGACGCUGUUGAGCAUGCUAUCCGGAAACAGGACCGACGAUGGGAUAAAUUUGAAGGCAAGAUUAAAGACGUUGAACGGGUCGUCGUUCAGUUAUCUUCAAAAGCUUCGGCGCAGCCAAAUCUCUUAUCCAAAACGAUUUCAAUCGAUCUGUGCAACAUGAAAGCAUAUACUCGAUAUUUACUCGCGAAGCUGGUGCCCGACUGGAUUAUACAUCCUCAAAAGAUGAUAUAUUCGUCUUACCCUGAGGAUCCGACGGCCAACAUUAUGCUCACCAAGAAAGUGAAAAAGCGCUCAAUAUCUGGAUCAUCGUCUCCCUCCCCUUGCGUUACCCCUUUGGAGACCAUUGUCGAGGAGAGCGCUGAAUAUGUCGAAGAUCCCGUAGCUCGCAGCUCUCUCCUCGCCAGACCUUCCUAUAUCACAUCGGCACUGAUUUAUCGCACCGGCUACAUAAUGACUGCGCCUCUACGCGCUGUUCUAAGGAUGAUCUUGAGAAAAUAUUGA